AUGGGCUUCUUUACUAGAGAUUUUACUACAGAAGGAAGAGGUGCUGAAUUGAUCGCGAACACGUAUAGGUAUUUUCACUUGUAUCGAGCAUUCGUCUUUCCAUUUAAUCCAAUUCUUGCCGACAUUAAUGAUUUUGAGUUAGAACUUCGUCUUUACUUGAAAUCGCUCGAUACUGGCGAGCUUAGCGACCCACUCAAGGAAUCUCAUCGCUGGACUGAUGAUAAAUACCUAGGUCAGAUUGGAUUGAUCCUUGCUACCAUGGCGUCAGGGGUCCAGUUCUCAGACGUGAGCUACGUUUCAAGAGCACAUAUACCUCGUGAUUUGAUUCGCAGGGCUUUCCAAUCCCUUCGACUUGCUAACUAUCUAUGUCACCCUACUGUCCAGGCUAUACAAGCUUUGCUGGUCAUUGGAAAUGUUCUGCAGAACAAUGGCCAGUCUGAUGCUUCUUCAGCACUGCUAGGCUGUACUAUACGGUUGGGCCAGGCGUUGAGGCUAGAUAUGGACGACUCAUCAUCAUCAUCGUCAUCAGCCUCUUCCAGCGAUUCCAAGACUGUCAAAACUACCAAUAGAAAAACAUGGCCAGCUCUUGGAAAGCGUUGUCGCGAUACAAAUACAUCUGAAUAUGAAAGAGCGCGAAUGAGAGCCAAGGAAAGCUUUACAAACGCAUUGCAGGCUUUUCUCGAGUUCCAUACUUUAAGCAUUGUUCCCCUUCGCACUUGGUCAACGAUCCACACGACCUUGAGUUCAAUUUUACUGACGAGCAUCUGGGAGGAAACAAAGAACGACUCUAUAAUUUUGGAUCUCCAAAAAAGGACUAUUCACGUUUUUGAGUCCGCAGGAUCCUCUCCUGGUGCGGCAGACAAUACGACGGUUGAUGAUUCUCAGUGGCUAUCAGAGCCUCAUAUUCAACUGCUGAAAACAGUGAAGAAUGUUGUCCGGCAAAACGCGGCCCGUGACUUGGCAUCCGGGGAUGAUCAAAAUGAGACCGUUAACCCCCCAACAGGCUCAGAAGAUGAAUCAGGCAUAUUCCCUACAACGGAAAUUGUGGAGUGA